CACGAGGUAGGGCAGCGGGCGGAAGAGCCCGCACGAGGUAGGGCAGCGGGCGGAAGCGGCUCCCGCGCCGGUCGCUGCCAUGCCCGGGGAUCACCGCCGCAUCCGCGGGCCAGAGGAGUCGCAGCCGCCGCAGCUGUACGCAACUGACGAGGACGAGGCGCCCGCUCCCCGAGACCCGACGCGGCUGCGGCCCGUGUACGCGCGCGCAGGGCUGCUGAGCCAGGCCAAGGGCUCGGCCUACCUGGAGGCCGGAGGCACCAAGGUGCUGUGCGCCGUAUCCGGCCCGCGCCAGGCCGAGGGCGGCGAGCGCGGCAGCGCUCGCCUUGGCCGACGCGGGAGUCGAGAUGUACGACCUGGUGGUGGGCUGCGGCCUGAGCCUCACGCCGGGGCCCGCGCCCGCCUGGCUGCUGGACCCCACGCGGCUCGAGGAGGAGCGCGCCGCCGCCGGCCUCACCGUGGCGCUCAUGCCCGUGCUCAAUCAGGUCGCCGGGCUGCUGGGCAGCGGCGAGGGCGGCCAGACUGAGAGCUGGGCGGAGGCCGUGCGCCUGGGCCUCGAGGGCUGCCAGCGCCUUUACCCGGUGCUGCAGCAGUGCCUGGUGCGCGCGGCCCGUUCGAGGGGCGCCGCCGCCCCGCCCUGAGCCCGAAGGCUGAGCAACGACGUACGCCGAGGACCGGGCGGCUGUGCCCCCAGAGGACCUGCGCCGCCGGCCUCCUGACUGCGCCGAGCUCAGAAGUUGGAGCACACGCGAGGAUGUGCAGAGACAGACGCGAUGCACUGGACAGCUGCCUAGAUGAGGCUUUUUACAAACUGUUCCGUAUUAAAGGGACUUUGCUGCUUGAGCUGGCCCCGGACACGACCCAGUUGAAGAAACUGUGAAAGCAGCCUGACUGCCACGUUGGGAAGGACUUCUGUUGAACUCGCUUGGGAAAAUGAGACCUGGAGCCCUGGUCCUGUAAAAAGUGGACCCCUUCAGGCUGCCCCUGACUCCCUCUCAUGUAAACUGGGCUGCUUUUGAGAGGAUGGACAAGGAGUCUGGGCUUUCUUCAUAGCUGAGCUAAAACAAAAACCUUUUUAUAUCUGAAAAUGUCUUGUAGUUUUUGUGUAAGAUUUAAAAGAGUAAGGUGCUUC